UUAGACCAAUAAAAGCUAGACGACGUCGUCUGAAAGCUAACUGGCCAUUACUUCCAGAAUUGCGUCACACAUUCAACGGCGUGAACAUGUCGAAAGCUAUGAGCAAACCGGGUCUAAUCAGUCUCCUUAAGAACCGGCUCCUACAUGGACCGGCACCGAUCCUCCACCACCCCCGGCGAUCCAUUCAAACCCUAGCAUUUGAAGAGAUCAAAUCAACGCCGGAAAAGCCCCAUCAAUUCACGGCGUUUGUAGUCCACGGCCUCCUCGGCUCCGGUCGCAACUGGCGUUCCUUCUCCCGCUCCCUCGCUUCCUACCUCUCCCCCGCCCAAUGGAGGAUGGUUCUUGUGGAUUUGAGGAAUCACGGGAGUUCGGCAGAAAUAGAAGGACUAUUGCCCCCUCACAAUCUAGAAAAUGCAGCGAAUGAUCUGGCGAAUUUGGUGAAAUCGGAAGGCUGGGAUUGGCCGGAUGUUAUUAUUGGCCACUCGCUCGGUGGAAAGGUAGCUAUGCAGUUUGCCCAAAGUUGUGCUAACGGAAAUUACGGUGAUAACGUUACCUUGCCCAAACAGGUAUGGGUAUUGGACUCUGUUAUCGGAGAAGUGAUCCGAGACAAUGGUGAUGGUGAGGUGGAGAAAGUUUUGCAAACCUUGCAGAGUCUGCCUUCAACUAUACCGUCCAGAAAGUGGCUGGUAGAUCACAUGCUGAAGCUCGGGUUUUCAAAGUCAUUAUCGGAAUGGAUAGGAAGCAACCUCAAGAAAUCAGGAGAACACGAGACAUGGGCAUUUAAUCUUGACGGGGCUGUGCAGAUGUUUAAUUCUUACAGGGAGAUGGAUUAUUGGUCCCUAUUGGAGCACACACCCAAAGGCAUGGAGAUAAAUAUUCUGCGUGCUGAGAAGAGUGACAGGUGGAAUCGAGAUAUUAUACAGCAACUUGAGCACUUGGAUUCCAAACGGGAAAGUGAAACCGAGGGGAAGGUCUCGCUUCAUGUUCUUCCCAAUGCGGGGCACUGGGUUCACGUAGAUAACCCGAAAGGACUUCUUGAAAUUGUGGCCCCCAGAGUUGCCUCUGUAUGUUAGCUGCUUGUUUAUCUUCAAGUUGUAUUGAAUUUAUACACUAGUUUAAAGUAUCAAAUUAUCGUGGAGUUAGCUGAUUGCUGUAAGCACUGUGAUACGGCUCGAUCGGUCGUGAUUCUGAAAUCGGUCGUGAAUUUAUACCUAAUUCUUUUCUUGCUUGGAAUAAGACCUUAAUCUUUGAGCAUGGGGAAAUUGUUUUAUGUUAUAAUUGGUUUGAAGAGCAUCUUCUUGCUUAAGGAUUCCUGAUUUUUUUUUUCUAU